CUCCCAUAGCUACGGCGGGCGGCGGCGGCCAUCUUGGCGGCGGCGGGGCGAUGAGCGGCUCGAAGGCGCGGGCGGCGGCAGCGGCGGGGCCGGAGAAGAAGCCGCCGCCGGGGAGCGGGGGAGCGCUCAGCCGCCUGCGGGGGCGGCGCGGAUCGGCCGAUGCGGCGCCGCGGCCGCCGUGGACAGAGUCCGACCUGCUGGCGCUGGAGACCGUCCGGCCCGAGCACGUCCUGGGGCUGUGCCGGGUGACGGAGAAUUAUUUAUGCAAACCUGAGGACAACAUAUACAAUAUUGACUUCACCAGGUUUAAGAUCCGGGAUCUUGAAACUGGAACAGUGCUGUUUGAAAUUGCAAAGCCCUCUGCUUCAGAGCAAGAUGAAGAGGACGAAGAUGACAGCAGUGAACUGGACGCUAGUGCAGGCCGCUUUGUUCGUUACCAGUUCACCCCAGCAUUCCUCCGCCUUCGAACUGUUGGUGCAACAGUGGAAUUCACAGUGGGAGAAAAGCCAGUAUCAAACUUUCGAAUGAUUGAGAGACAUUACUUCCGAGAUCGCUUGCUGAAGAACUUUGACUUUGAUUUUGGCUUCUGCAUCCCGAGUAGCAGGAACACGUGUGAACACAUUUACGAAUUCCCUCAGCUGUCAGAGGACCUUAUCCGUCUGAUGGUUGAAAAUCCAUACGAGACCCGCUCAGACAGCUUUUACUUUGUGGACAACAAGUUGAUUAUGCACAACAAGGCCGACUAUGCUUACAACGGAGGACAGUAAUUAUUCUGUGUCUGCUGGAUGCUGUGCUGCCGUUAACCGUUCCAGAUGUACAGAAGAGAACUGGAGUUGCUGUCUCGUGCAACAGGACUUCUUGCCAAACCUUUUCGCCUUGCGUGAGGCUGAAAACAUUGAAGCAAAGACGACAGCUCAUGAAAGUAAAGGAAGUCUCCCUGCGACACUUUUUUAUCUGACACUCAGCAUAUCCUGCCUCUCAGUCACUAUUUCUGGUUACUUUCUGGUGCCUGGGUUAGAUCAUGGAUCAGAGAUACUGUUAGAAAGUUCUUGCUGUUACAGCCUUUAGAGUUGGGCUGCACCGUUAGUGUUUCUGAUGUUCCACCUAUUGGCUGACUGCCCUCUUUAAAGAGGUCGGGUUGUUUGGGUGAGCUAUUUCUUAGGAAAUUUCCCCCUUCAAGUAGCCAGUGACACCUGUAGAGCAGGUCUCUUCUUAGUUGCAUAGAUCAUUACUUUAGUGCACAGUGGUUUAGUUCGUAGCAUGACUGACAUUGCUUUUUAGGGUACAUCCCAAUAUUCUCCAGUGGGAAGUAUAAAAUAAGAGACUAAUUCAGCUUCUAAGCAGUGCAGGAAUCUUCCUUCUGGCUCCAGGGCCUGAGCUGCCCCUGAGAACAGCCUGAUCUGAGUCUUGCCAGGGAUGUCUCUAGAGAUAUGAGAUUGGGGGAAAAGGGGCUUUAUCUAGGUUGGUCAUUGAGUCAGUCUAACAGCAUUUCUAUUUGAGCUUUUGUGAACAAGCUGUUGAAUUUUGGAGCUCAUGGGUCACCUUUAGAGCUGAAGUUAAUCUUACUGUGCUUACCGUUUCUCCUGCUUCCCUUUGUGUAGGAACUUUGGCUCGUGCUGCAGAAUUGUUGCCUUUUAGAUCGACAGUACAUUGUCAGUCCAGCUGGGGUGGAGGGGAGUCAUCACUACAGUGGGGCUUAGAGUGAAAAAGGAGAAUGUGGAAAAUCACUUGAAAAAUGCGUAGGAAGCAGAGCUUCCUGGGCUUCAAUCUGUCCUUUUAAAGCCAAAUGAUCUGUCAGAGGUGCUGGAAGGAGAGACAGUGGUGUUACCAGCUCGUUUGCUUUGUUUCAGUUGAGGUAUUAGUAGCUAAAAGCUUCCCAGGUCAGAUCACUCAGUGUUAUGGAGUGGGAUUCCCACAGAGGCAGUAUUGGCGUGGUUCUCUUGUUAAAUGAGCUGCCAUCCCUGCGUGGCCUACUUAGCUGUUUAUUUAUGAUUUAGGAAGUUACUGCCUGAGCAGCGGGUGUGUUUCCUGGUUGCGUUUGGGAUCUGGCGAUAGGAAGCAGCAUCACGCAGUGGGAAAAGCAGACCUGUGUCUUCCCAGCAGCCGUGCUGGGCCCCAGCUCCUCACCAUGCAAUAGCUCAGCUAACAAAACUGUUUUCUACCUGUUUUGCUGGCUCUCAAGACUGGUGGGUUUUUUGUCCCCUCACUGGGCUGGUCAGUCGAGUCUCUUGUACAUGGGCGUCGGGUUGUGUCCAGAGGAGAGAUGUUUGCUAGUAUUACUUCCACAUGUUCCUUGAACAGUUGAAACCCAAGUCCUUGGCUAAUACAGUUGUUACUUGUGUUAAGUAAGAUUCGGUGUAGUUUGUAUUUUAGCAGGAUUCAGUGCAGUGGGCAUCGCAGCCUGGAGCCUGUUAAUGCAGACAGCAAUAGGAAACCACGGUCUUCACCUCGCAGAUUAACGAUGUUAACUUUGGUGUGGAAGAUCAGCUGGCAUCAGAGUGAGCAGUGAGAGUGAGUGGGGUGGCAGCCACCAAAGAAUCUCCAGCUCUUGGGAAGAUGUUUAAUUAUGAUUAACCACAACAAAUGACCUGUUCUGGGUGGAGCAUUAAUCAUGAGCAACCACAACAAAUGUCUUGGGAAUGCGGAGGAGCAAGGUCUGCAUGGUUGAAAGAUGAAGAAGGAUUCUGCUACCACCAGUCCCCUCCAGCGUCUCCAAAGGCGCUUAGCAAUGUUGUUUAGUUAUUUGAGAAUUAGUUAAAGCUGCUUCUAAGGUGGAGCUUGAGGUGCCCCUUGCAGUGAUUGUCUCGGAAGGCCUCAUGCUGUGCCGGUGAGGUGGGAAGCAUUUGUUUUCAUGGAAGAACAGGUAGUUACGUGUGACGAGGCAGAACUGCCUGGAAUCACGUUUCAUCCUCAAGUGUUCUGAGAUGCUCAGGAUAGUGUCUGAAGAGCCUGCUAGUUAUUCCCUGCGAAAGUUUAGCAUAUUGAGCUGAAUUUCUAUGUAGUAUAAAUCCAGGUGCCUUUGAAUGUUAGUUUUAUCAAUUUUUUUUUGUAUGAAGCAACCUCUUGCUUUGCUUAUGAGUGUGAUGAUUCCCAUCUGUUUUCUAUGUCACUGCGUAAUGGUUCUUGAAAGGAAGACUGACAGUUGCCAGAGUGAGCAGCAGAAGUUACGGCCAAAUACCAACUUGUAUGAGCCAUUCAUAGCAGCCAGCGUGCUGCUCUGCUCCGUCCCACUGUGAUUUGUAGGGGUGUGGGUGCCAUCUAGCCACUGCUUUGUGGAAUGCCACUGACAGGAGAGCUCUGCUAAAUGUAGAUGAGACAUUUGAUGCUUAUAGGAAGGUGGAUUCCUGUCUUUAGUCAUUACUCCUGCCAGUAGUGAUGAGAAAAAAAGCAUUGAAGCGGUUGCUUUCCCACUGGUGGAUGAAUCCGCUAUUCAGCAAUAAAAAAAGGAGAACUAGAGGAAAAUGGGAAGAAGUGCAGGCAGCAGUAGCAUGCCUCAGUUUCUAGAUGGAUUUGUUUGCUUUGUCAAAUUAGGUGGUCUUUGCCCGAAAAGCAUGCUGCAGAAGUCCCUACAAGAGGGCAACCCAGCACUGAAAAAGCUGAUUAUAAUCUAAAAAGUCAGGGAUUUCCAAACUCCUCUCCCCACUUUGACUGCUUCCCUAAGGUUCCUUUUCUCUUAGGUGCUUUCUGUGAAGUGUCUUCUCUUUGGGACAGGGAUGAUGUCUUUGGUCAACACGGUUUAACAGAUUGUGUGCUCUGAUGCUUUAAUGAGGGGUCAAAGCUACUCAUGCCGGUGAGCUAGGAAGAAAUUCCAGUGGGGUCUCAUCCUUGUCAGGUGGAUGGUGCUGAACGCAAGGGAGGUAUUUUCAGUGUCAGUUAAUGUGUGAGCAAGGGAAAAGGUUUCUGUGGAGACAGCUUCUCUCAGGUCCUGUGCUGAGGUGGAAAGAGAAAAGCGUUGGGAUCAUACUGUGUUCUGCAAUAACAAAACAAGGGACCAAAUCCGGAAACUCAUGCUAAAUUUUUCCAGUAUUUGUCCUCUUAGCACCAGGACCUCUUUUUCACAUUUUUGAGGCAACUGCUUUGGAUCCAUGGCAGAAAGCUUCCUGGACAGCUGUUGUCAUGAUUGAGGAAUAUGUAUUGCACCUUGUUGAAGGAAGGACGUUUUAUUGUAUGGACUGGGUACCGCUGUCCUCUGGUUUUGGUAGGAAGUGUCUUCCUUUGUGUGUUUUCCUCAGGAUUUUCAAUGCCUCUUACUGCAGAGAAGUAGCAGCUUGAGGUUGCUUGAGGAUGUUUAUUCUGCUUGUCUGAGAGUCCAGGAAGAAUAAAACAAGUGUUUAGAAGGGAGAAAUGACCAAGGAAGGUGGUGGUGAAGCAGUAAGGUCCAAACGUAGUAACUCCUCAGCAAUGUGUUUCAUGAUGUCCCAUGUGCUUUCUGCCCUGCUGUCCUGUCACAUCAAGCCACCGAGCCUUGUGCUACCCCACAGCGUGGCCCAGUAUCAGGUGUAAUCCUGGGGCGUGAACGUGGCCGUGUCCCCCAGCUUUGUGAUGGGGACGGGGCUGAGGGACAGCUGCCUGGCAGAGCCAUCGCCUCUUCUCUGCAGCAAAGGGAAAAACGAACACCAGCAACCGCCACCCCUGCCUGCGUGGAUCUCCGUGCUGUUACAGGACAUGUAUUUGUAUCUCUCACAGUGUGGCCUUGGGGCCGCUGUCCCCUCCGGCCGCUCCUCCCGUGGCCCUUCCUGGCAGCAGCUGCGCUGCCCGCGUCCCUUCAGUCCCAGGGCGCCGGCUCCCUGUGUGUGCUGCCGGCGGCGCCCCCUCCCUCGGCGGCGCGGUGCCCGGCUGCCCGUGGGUUUGUAUAAACGUGACUUUGUCACCAGCAAUAGAAUAAAAACUCCCGUUUUCGCA